CCCAUUGCUGUUGUGAUCAAACACGGUCUUUUCUCCUGUACUUUCUCUCUCUACACUCUCUCCCCUCUCUCCUCUCUCUGUAUUCUUGCUCUCUGUGUUGCUUCUUCCUCCACUUUCGCUUGCUACCAAGGAAGUCUGUGCAGUAACCUAGUUCCAAGGAAUUUCAACUUACAUACGUAACUACAAAACUCGUGUACCAAACGAGGCCCUAAUAUACACUGGGAUAAUGUUUGUUUCAUAGAAGUACUCACUGUGGACAACUGAUUUUAUAUGGUUAUUCCUCCUCCACUCAAAACUGGCAGAAUUACAAAUUUCCUUAAACCCUAUGUACUGCGAAUGCACUUUACAAACAAGUAUGUAAGUGCUCAAGUAGUCCACACUCCAACUGCAUCAGUAGCAUCCUCUGCAAGCUCACAAGAGAAAGCCUUGAGGCCAACGAUGGAAAAUACUCGGGAUGUUGCCGCGGCUGCCAAAAUAGGCAAGAUCUUGGGAGAGCGGUUAAUACAAAAGGAUAUCCCCGCAGUCACUGUUUUCUAUAAGAAAGAUCAGAGAUACCAUGGCAAGGUAAAAGCAGUAAUUGAUUCUGUACGAGAAGCAGGUGUCAAACUAAUUUAAUACCCAAAUAUCGGAAUUAUCCUUAUUUGCUUGCAUAAUUUUAUUACGGAGUAAGGUUGUUGCACUUACUCAGACAUUUGCUUUUAUGAUUUCGGGAUGUAAGAUAAUUCUAAAGCAGUAUUUAGAGAUCAAUGCGAUGUGAUCUAUGUUUUGUUUUUA